AUGUUUCCGAGGCAGGGCGGAGGUGGUGGUGGUGGCGGCGGCGGCGGCGGUGGCGGCGGCGAUGUCAGAUUUGUCGUAGACGAAAUCCCAAAGUCCACCCCCGUCUAUAAAUACCACUGCUGCUGUUUCUCGUUCCGAUGGCCCCUGCUCGAAGACCGCUACUAUAUCAAAAAAGUGAGUCCAUGCGCGGGGGCAAGGCUUCCCGAAUAUUACAACGUGCCUUCUGGCAAAGCACGUGCCAUUAAUGUGUCGCGCCCCAGCGGCGAAGCGAAGGAGAAGUUUACGAUGAUGGAGUUUGCCAUGGCCAAUUUCAGGACGACAGCAAACAAGUAUGAGGAGAUAGUUUUGCAGAAGUUUCGUACUUGUAAUUAA